AUGGCAACGAGAAGAGCUCCAAAACUAACCAAAUCAGUCAUCGUCGCCGUAACGGCCUCGAGAACAAAACCCCCUCUCACUACUCCACUCUCCAACGGAACCUUCCAUCCCGCUUCAGACAACGCGACGAUUCCUUUUUCACCCUCUCGGAUUAUCAACCGAACUACCAAUGUCACCUCCGCUAAGUUCCUUUCCCACUCUUUCACUCGCAAUUUUCACGCCUCUAAUCCCUCCCACCGCUCCGCCGGAGCUUCUCAGAUUGCACAGUCGGAGUUCACAGAAAUGGCUUGGGAGGGUAUUAUUGGUGCAAUUGAUGCGGCGCGAGUCAAUAAACAACAAAUUGUGGAGUCUGAGCAUUUAAUGAAAGCACUCUUGGAGCAAAAGGAUGGUUUGGCUCGAAGGAUAUUCACUAAGGCGGGAUUGGACAACACCUCGGUUCUACAAGCUACUGAUAAUUUUAUAGCUCAGCAACCUAAGGUUACAGGUGAUACUUCUGGUCCUAUUGUUGGUUCGCAUCUGAGCUCCGUUUUGGACAACUCUCAAAGGCAUAAGAAAGAAAUGGGCGAUGAGUAUGUGUCUGUGGAACACCUUUUGCUAGCAUUUCAUUCGGAUAAGAGGUUUGGGCAGCAGUUAUUUAAAAAUCUUCAGCUUAGCGAGAAGGCUUUGAAGGAUGCUGUACAGGCUAUUCGUGGGAGUCAAAGAGUAACUGAUCAAAAUCCUGAGGGGAAAUAUGAAGCAUUGGACAAGUAUGGAAAUGACCUGACUGAACUUGCUAGGCGCGGAAAGCUUGAUCCAGUCAUAGGUCGAGAUGAUGAAAUUCGGCGCUGUAUCCAGAUAUUGUCAAGAAGAACAAAGAACAAUCCAGUUAUUAUUGGUGAACCUGGUGUGGGGAAAACUGCUAUUGCUGAAGGAUUAGCACAGCGUAUAGUGCGUGGAGAUGUUCCAGAGCCAUUGAUGAACAGGAAGUUGAUCUCCCUUGAUAUGGGUUCAUUGCUUGCUGGUGCCAAGUUUCGUGGAGAUUUCGAAGAAAGGUUGAAAGCUGUCCUGAAAGAAGUUACAGCAUCAAAUGGGCAAAUAAUUUUGUUUAUUGAUGAAAUACACACUGUUGUUGGUGCAGGAGCUACAAGUGGUGCAAUGGAUGCUGGAAACUUGUUGAAGCCAAUGCUUGGAAGGGGGGAACUUCGAUGUAUAGGAGCAACUACAUUGAAUGAAUAUAGAAAAUACAUUGAGAAGGAUCCUGCACUUGAGCGUAGAUUUCAACAAGUAUUUUGCUGUCAACCAUCUGUUGAAGAUACAAUAUCCAUUCUCCGAGGGUUGCGUGAGCGCUACGAAUUGCAUCAUGGAGUCAAAAUAUCAGACAGUGCACUUGUUUCAGCCGCAGUCCUUGCAGAUCGAUACAUCACGGAACGCUUCCUACCAGACAAAGCUAUUGAUCUUGUCGAUGAAGCUGCUGCAAAACUGAAGAUGGAGAUCACCUCUAAGCCUACAGAAUUGGAUGAGAUAGAUAGAGCGGUCUUGAAACUGGAGAUGGAAAAACUCUCUUUGAAAAAUGACACUGACAAGGCUUCUAAAGAAAGAUUAAGUAAGCUUGAAAAUGAUUUGAGUUUACUUAAACAGAAGCAGAAAGAACUGGCAGAACAAUGGGACAGUGAAAAAGUUUUAAUGACUCGGAUAAGAUCAAUCAAAGAAGAGAUUGAUAGAGUCAACCUAGAGAUGGAAGCUGCUGAACGUGAUUAUGACCUGAACCGUGCUGCUGAGCUCAAAUAUGGAACUUUGAUGUCCCUUCAGCGCCAAUUAGAAGAAGCUGAAAAGAAUCUAGUUGAAUUCCAAAACUCUGGACAAUCUUUUCUUCGUGAAGAGGUCACUGACCUUGAUAUUACUGAGAUUGUAAGCAAAUGGACUGGUAUACCACUAUCAAACCUCCAACAAACAGAGAGGGAAAAGUUAGUUUUGCUGGAACAAGUUCUUCAUAAGAGGGUGAUUGGUCAGGAUAUUGCUGUAAAAUCUGUGGCUGAUGCAAUUCGCCGUUCAAGGGCUGGAUUGUCUGACCCAAACAGGCCAAUUGCAAGUUUUAUGUUCAUGGGUCCGACUGGUGUUGGCAAAACUGAGCUUGGAAAGGCUCUGGCUAAUUAUUUGUUUAACACAGAAAAUGCUCUUGUUAGAAUCGAUAUGAGUGAGUAUAUGGAGAAACACGCUGUUUCACGUUUAGUUGGGGCUCCACCUGGUUAUGUUGGUUAUGAAGAAGGUGGUCAGCUAACUGAAGUGGUCCGUAGAAGACCCUACUCUGUGAUUCUAUUUGAUGAAAUAGAAAAAGCACAUCACGAUGUCUUCAAUAUUUUGUUGCAAUUGUUGGAUGAUGGGCGGAUUACUGAUUCUCAAGGAAGGACUGUUAGCUUCACAAAUUGUGUUGUGAUUAUGACUUCAAACAUUGGCUCCCAUUACAUACUUGAAACCCUUCGCAGCACACACGAUGAUAAAAGUGCAGUUUAUGAUCAGAUGAAAAGGCAAGUUGUUGAGUUGGCUAGGCAAACAUUCCGCCCGGAGUUUAUGAAUCGAAUUGAUGAGUAUAUAGUUUUCCAGCCUUUGGAUUCCAAUGAGAUCAGCAAAAUUGUGGAGCUUCAGAUGGAACGUGUCAAGUACAGGCUGAAACAGAAGAACAUUGAUCUUCAUUACACACAAGAAGCUGUUAAUCUUCUUGGUGUAUUGGGUUUUGAUCCUAAUUUUGGGGCAAGACCAGUUAAAAGAGUAAUACAACAAUUGGUAGAAAAUGAAAUUGCUAUGGGAGUUUUAAGGGGAGAUUUCAGCGAAGAGGACUCAAUCAUUGUUGAUGCUGAAGAAACUUCAUCAGGCAAGGAACUCUCUUCCAUAAAGAGGCUGAUUAUUAAGAAGCAGGAUAGCCUUGUUGCUGAUGCAAUGGUUGCCAAUGAUUAA